AUGUCUUCUAAACAAAAGUCUAAGCGUUAUUACAUUCGUGGAAAUAUUGUACCUUUUGAAGAAGAUGCUAGUCAUGAAUUUAAGGGUCAUAGAAACCUGUGUGUAGAAGAGUUACCUCCAUGGACUCAAGUAAAUUCACGAACAGAGAAAGCAUCUAGGAAAGCCGUUUCAAGGGCAAUUAAUGGGUUUUUAAAUACUGGAAAUGGAGGAAUGAUUUAUUUAGGUAUAAUCGACUGUGGUAAAUCAAUCGGAUUAAAGCUCACCCAUUACCAGAAAGACCAUGUUGUUGGAAGUCUUCAAGAUUUAAUGAGUAGAUAUAACCCUCCUGUAUUAUCACAUAGAUAUAAAGUCCGAUUUAUACCAGUUAUAGAUAAAGGAUGUACACCAUCACAGAUAGCUCAACAAUGUAAUUAUGAUUCUAGUCUAAUGGUUGAUCAGUGUGGAAGAACAAGAGAACACAUGUACAGAACACAUCAUUAUUGUUGGUGUGAUAAUGACUGUAUGGCACAGACCAAUUGUGGUGUACUGGUAGCUGAUUAUGUAAUAGAAAUAACUAUAAAAGGCUGGGAUCCCUCUGAUAGUAGAAAUAAAGAUGGUGUGGGAAGUAUAUUGAAUCUACAUCCUAUACAUGAGAACGAAGAGGGCUCGGUUUAUUUUCGAAGACAGGCCAGUCUUGUUAAGUACACUCCUGCUGAUAUAGUACAAGUUACCAGGAAACAAGUACAAGAUGGCUGUAAAACUGAAAUAGAAAGAUUGAGAAAAGAAAUAAGGAAAGCUGUAGCACUGAAAGAGUGUUAA